AACACUGUUGAGUCGAACAACACAAGGAGGUGGAGCAGCAGGAUCUGAGUGAAAUCUUAAUAUUUUGAGGGACAAUGAUCAGGAGUUCCCUUACAUCAUUGUCUGCUUAUUAUUUGGAGGUGAUCGAAGUUGAGGUGAAGCUUCGGAUCGACCACGCCAGUGCUUGCAAUGCACCUGCGAGUGGAUGUUUUGGACCUGUCACCAGUGUGGGGGAAAUGCCUCUGUGAAUAAGGUUGCAAAUAACUACCAAUACCUGUUGAUUUAGUCGGAAAUGGGUCCCUUGUUCCGAAACUUGUUGUUCAAGACUCUAGUUGCGGCUUUGGUAUCGUACUUCAUCAUAGGACCUUCACUUCAGGAAGACAUCAAGGCACUACCUGACUGCAAUACGAAAGCUGCAGGUUUGGAUAGCUUUGUGUUAGUGAGCACCAUAGAAGGACAUCUCUAUGCCUUAGAUGGGAAUGGUGGCGGGUCUGUGCUAUGGAGCAUUGGCACUGGGCCUGGUCCGAUGCUUUCAUCUAGUAUCCAUAAUUUAGAGUUGGCAAGAGAUGGACAAUUUUUACGAAUGAUUCCAUCUUUGAGUGGUGGCUUGUAUCAAUUUAAUGGGGAAAAUGUAGAAGUCAUUCCGUUCACUGCCGAUGAUCUUCUACAAUCUUCAUUCUUUUUCAAAGAUGACCUUGUUUUAACUGGUGGAAAGGAAUCAAGAACAUAUGGGAUUGAUGCUAAAACAGGCAGUCUCUUGUAUGAGUGUUCAAUGCGUGGAUGUGAAAACCUAGUUGGCAAUGUCUCUGAUGUUGAAGAAGUUUUAGUUUUAAAAAGACUUACUCACACUGUUCGAGCGGUGGAGCCACGCACCAGCUUUGAAAGAUGGAACUUCAGUGUUGCUCGACAUAAUGUUAAGCUUAUCCCUGACCCUGCAGCACUUUGUCAUGGAAGUAAACAAGUAUCACAGUUGAAUUUUGAUGUUCGGGUCAUUGUGCCUGAUGGACUAGUGUGUGGCAUAAGCCAAACAGAUCCUAAAAAUGUUCUAUGGCAGCACAAAUUUGACUCUCCAGUGGUAAGUGCUUGGGUAAUGGAUAGAGGGGAACUAAAAGAAGUGGAUCUCUUCAGUGGACUUCAGUGGAAUCAUGACAGAGCUCAUGGUCAUGACAACUCAGUUCCAUUAUCACCAUCUUUAUAUGUGGGCAUGCAUCGAAAACAGCUCUACAUACAAGAAAGUGUGCAGAUGCAGAAGCACUUAGGGGACACUAAAAGUCGACAGAACUUAAUUUCAGAUGAGUCCAAUUACUCACGCAUACCCUGGCGCCCUGUACCUGCAAUCCCUAGCAAUGCACUUGGAUUAUUGACUCAUGUUAAUGAUGGUAGUGAUGAUGGCAUGGUUCCUCAACUAACAGAUGAAUCAAAUCAAGCUGUUCGCACUACAGCCAUGUCUGUACUGUAUGCGUCUUCAUAUGUCAAUGGAAAUGGAUUUUACUUGUACUCUUCUGAGGCUUUCAAGAAAUCGAAACAGGCACAAUGUGGCUUGAUAGAAAGUAUCGAAGGAGAGGAAAGUGACAAUGAAACCUUUGAGGAACAGGUUUCACGACCUGAUGUAAGGCAGCCCCAACCAUCAAAGUUUGAUGAAGAAGCCCAGUACAUUAUAAUAACUUCACUUUGGUAUUGGUGGAAAGAGGUUUUGCUCAUCAGUAUUGGCACUGCUUUUCUCGUGAACUGUAUGCUUCCCCAGGGAUUUCUACAAAUCAUGUGGCUACGCAGGCCUUUGGAACCUGUUACAGAGGAAGGAAAACUUCUUCCCUUCACACACCCUCCUGGCACUGAAAUACCACCUCUAGAAAUAGCGCAGGAGGAGCGCCCUGCCACUCCGAUUCUUUAUAGCUCUCGUUAUUUGCAAGAGUUUCAACCUGUCCAGUGUCUUGGCAAAGGCGGCUUUGGUGUUGUAUUUGAAGCUCGGAAGAAGUUUGAUGACUGCCACUAUGCUGUAAAGCGAAUUUCUUUGACCAAUAAGGAAGAAGCAAGGGAAAGAGUGUUACGUGAAGUGCGUGCUUUGGCUAAGCUGGAUCAUAACCAUAUUGUGCGGUACUUCAAUUCUUGGCUUGAGAGCCCUCCCCCAGGAUGGCAGGAAGAGCAGGAUAAAGAGUGGGCCUCCAUGUUCAAGUCUUCAGGAUCAAUGUAUGAUGAAGCACCAAAUGAUCAGACAAACUAUUCUGAGACAUCAAGCCAAUCUUUCCAACCCUCUCGGGAAAGAAGACUCACAAUUCAACAAAAUUCAAACACUGCUUUUGGCCUAGACCAACAGAAUGACGCAGUGUCAAAAACAUGGAAUGAGCUAAAUGUUAUUCCUAGACGGGACAUAAGUGACUCUUUUAUUGUCUUUGAUGCUUCUGGUGAUGAUGAUGGAGAUGAAUCUGAUGUGGAAGAUGAAGACAAGGAGGAUGAAGAAGAACUGGAUAGAAGGAAAGACAGUGUUAUAUCUGUAGGUAGUUCAUCAACUGGGUCAAGUGCAAAGUUGUUACCCAAUAAAGAAAAGGCAGCUCGGCCAAAACACCUCAGUAUUUGCACUAAUAAUAAAAGAAAUAAUACUACAGUAUCAUAUUUAUUUAUUCAGAUGCAACUUUGUCGAAAAGAUAGUCUCAAGGAUUGGUUACAAAGUACACCCAAAAGGGAUUACUUGAAUAUUAUCAACUUCUUUGAACAAAUUGUAAUGGCAGUAGAAUAUGUCCACCUCAACAAUCUCAUUCAUAGGGAUUUAAAGCCGUCGAAUAUUUUCUUUUCAAUGGAUGGUCAUAUUAAAAUUGGUGAUUUUGGUCUGGUUACCACCAUGUUGGAAGAAGGUGAGGAACAACGUACACCACUAGACUCCUCAAGUUCAUCUGGCUCUUUUGGUGAGCGCCAUACUGCUCAAGUGGGAACAGAGUUGUACAUGAGCCCUGAACAGCGAAAGGGUAAACCUUAUAACUACAAGGUUGAUAUCUACUCAUUGGGGCUCAUCCUCUUUGAGCUGCUUGUCCCUUUUGGUACUGAAAUGGAACGAGUACAUGUAAUGCAAAGUUUGCAUAGGCAGAAAUUUCCACCAGAUUUCUCCAAAACUUACCAAAAUGAGUAUGAACUAUUAAAAAUGAUGUUAGACCACCGCCCAGAGAAAAGACCUACAACUUUUGGUAUUCGAGCUCGUCCUCCUCUUCGAAAUCGCCAGCCUGAAGAGAUGUUGUCAGACCUGUCAGAGGAGUGCCAAUUUGAGCUCCCUGCCCGUCAAAGAUCAUCAACAUCUGUGCACAAGUUGUCCUCCUCUUCGAGCAGCAGUGUGGAGUUCAAUGCACUCACCAACCGGCUCUCAUAGUUUUGUACUAGUCUCCAAAUCUUUGUGAUAUUUCACUGUACUUUAUUCACUGUUGCAGUUUUCCUUAAAAAAAAAAAACAA